CGGUGUAAAAACGCUAGCCUGGCACGAUGCGAAUGUAGGCCAUGCUAGCGUAAACAGCAUGCAUGAUUCUCAGGUUUUAGAGCAACAAACAACUGACUUCGAUGUGAUCUGAAGAGAGAGGCAAGAUAACAGUAACUGUUGCAGAGUUUGUUUCUCAAUAUUCACUUUCCUUGCUUGGACACCUGGCCCUUAGUUCCUGUACAUGUGGGCUGCUGGGAAUUUCUAAUAGAAGCUUAUAAAAUGUCGGAAAGCUAUGACUUUCUGUUCAAGUUCCUGGUGAUUGGUAGUGCCGGCGUUGGUAAAUCAUGUAUCCUGCAUCAGUUCAUCGAGGGCAAAUUCAAGCAGGACUCAAACCACACUAUCGGUGUGGAGUUCGGCUCUAAGGUCGUAAAUGCUGGUGGCAAAGCCGUCAAGCUGCAGAUAUGGGACACCGCUGGGCAAGAGCGCUUCAGGUCGGUGACACGCAGCUACUACCGUGGUGCGGCCGGGGCACUGCUUGUCUAUGAUAUCUCCAGCCGUGAGACGUACAACUCAUUAACGAACUGGCUGACCGACGCACGGACACUUGCCAGCCCUAACAUUGUCAUCGUGCUUGUCGGCAACAAGAAAGACCUUGAGGCUGAUCGGGAAGUUACCUUCCUUGAAGCCAGCCGCUUCGCCCAGGAGAACGAACUGAUGUUCCUGGAGACGAGUGCCCUGACUGGCGAGAAUGUCGAAGAGUCGUUUCUCAAAUGCGCAAGAACAAUCCUCAACAAGAUUGAAUCAGGUGACCUGGGCCCGGCACAAAUGGGCAGUGGUAUCCAGUACGGAGACAAGCAACGCAAGAACGAGAAGGACGACGUGCAGCAUGCCCCGGCCAAGUGUACUUGCUAGAUCGAAUCUUGACAGCACUACCUAGCGUUGUGCAACUCUGGUUCAGUUUGAAUACUUCGAAUCACUUUAGUCAUGUCUUGCGGUUGCAUAGUUGUUCUUUACUGCUGACCCGGGAGUAGUAGAAUACCUGCUUUUUGCUUCUCCUUGCUUCUAACAAUGUUGAGAUGCCUUUUUGUCGACUCUUCUGUCUGGAUCUCCUUGACAGGUGUGUUAAGCCCAUGGAUCCUUCCAUGAGUGCAAUACGAGCGAUACUUUGUUAUUAUGUGUAGCACGCCCAUGCAUGUAGAUGUUUUAUCCUGACCCAUUAGUAGGGCUGGUCCUCUAUUACUAGUAUUGCUUUUUACUAGUAAGUUUUUAGAUGCUACUUUUAGGUAGAAAUGCUAGACACUGGACAGAUCUUCCAUGAAACAUUGCUCUACCCAGCAGUGUAUUUUUGCAUCUUCUUUUUUAGCUGCUGGCCUCGCGGCAUUUGAACAUGUUUUUGGCACUGGCCUCCCAUUCAUUUUCUGUGUUGCUACUCAAGCACCGCUGUGCAUUCGCAAAUAUUCUAAAGCGGAACUCUCACACACUGAACUAACAGGGCCGCUCAGUCUCGUAUGCACAGGCACCGAAUCGACCUUGUCUGUACAGAAUGAUGGACCUUGUAAAUUUCCCGUAGCAUGCCCGCCUGCCAACUAUGCAAGCCUGCCCCCUUUAUCCUACUAUCAUAGCAUUUAUUUUGCCUUUAAAUUUUCUCUGUCUCUGAGAUUUAUUUGACUAUUUUGCUGUUCCACCAUCUCUUGGCUUCCCUGUACAAUGUAUUAAUUUUGGAGAAUGUUGCCGAAAAGAUGCGAGUGUGGUUUGAA